GUCAAGAUCAUACGGAUUUAGUAAUCGAGAAUAACUUCGACUACAACGAUUAAAGCACAGAAAAAAUUGUGUACUAUUCGAAAAAAGGUGUUUAAAAUGUUAUCCACCUUAGUUAAGGAACACCAAGCCAAACAAACUGCUCGAAAGGAAGCGCAGGAGCAGAAAAGAAGAGAAGCUGUUGCUGCGGCAACCAAUUUGACAGAGGCUUUAGUUGACCACCUAAACGUAGGUGUUGCUCAAGCAUAUCUAAAUCAGAAGCGUUUGGAUGCUGAAGCAAAGCAGCUUCAUCACAGUGCCACUAAUUUUGCUAAACAAACACAACAGUGGGUGAGCCUAGUAGAGAGCUUUAGUAGUGCUCUGAAGGAAAUAGGAGAUGCAGAAAAUUGGGCAAGAAGCAUUGAAACUGACAUGAGAACCAUUACAAGUGCUUUGGAAUAUACAUAUAAAGUCUCCCAGGAGUCCUCGUAGAAGACGGAAGUAUUCCACUACAUUCAAAAUUGUAAAUAAUUUGUCUAUGUGUAAUAGUUUGUGUCAUUACAUAUUACAUGUAUACUAAUAAAAACUGCAUUGUAAAUAUGAGAUUUGCUGAAGUACUACUGGAGAUACUCAUUUUAAAAAAUAUACAUUCCACAAUUUAUGUUCUGUUUAAAAAAGCAGUCUGCAAAACUAGCUAAAAUUAAUCAAUUUCUUUGCUGUAUCAAAAACACAGUUUUCAAUUUCUUGUAGCAUACUGACUUGCUUUUUUUUAUGCUCUGGCUGUGUGUUGUGGACUUAAGUCCAAUAAACUGAUAUGCAAACAUGACACAUUUACUUUUCUAAGUGCAACGUAAUCUGAAAGCAUCUUCCUGUACAUCUUACAUUUAUUUGGCAUAAAUAAAUAAGAACAUGCUUUCUUAUAAGUAAUCUUUCACUAUGUUAAGAUUUGUAGAAUCAGGGAAAAACACAAUGUUAAAUGCUUACUAUACUGUCAGUAAAUCAAGGCUUACCUUACUACUCUAUGCAGCUGUGCAUCAUUCAAAAUAAAACAGUUAAAAUAUUUUAUGGGCAUUUGCAUGUUGUAGUCCAGUAAGAAAAGGCUGGGCCUUUCAUUUUGCUUGCCUGGAGAAUUUCAGAGAUGUGCUUCAAAAAUUUGCUUAUUUUCAAAUGUUGAUCCUUAGGUGACCUUUCUACUCAAAAAAGGCAGAAACAAAAAUCAUGUAAAAUGAUCAGUUCAUCAUUGUUUGAACUGUGACUCAACUGUUGUUACUGGGUCUUGUUGCUACCAUAGUAGAUAUUAAUUGCUAAAGAAGAAGCUAAUGUAAGGAAAUAACAGUUAACAUGAACUGAGACAAGAAGGCAAAAAAUGAAACUGUUAUACCCCAGCAAAUUUUUCUAUACUUUCUCCUGUUUGUGUGAUUGUAUAAAGCGUAAUUUUAAUUUUUAGAUCUCUUCUGACAUUAAAAAUGUUGUUAUGGAAAUGAAUCCAGAACUAGAAUAUAUUUCUAGGCUUUUGCAA